ACUGAGCAAAGGACACACAAAAUGAAUUUAUCCUUUGCCGGCUGUGGUUUUCUCGGUAUUUAUCAUGUCGGUGUUGCUGUAUCCUUCAAGAAAUACGCUCCACAUCUACUGCUCGAGAAAAUUGGAGGUGCCUCUGCUGGCUCUCUGGCGGCAGCAUGCCUGCUUUGCGAUUUGCCAUUAGAUAGCAUGACCUCAGACUUUUUUCGGGUGGUAAACGAAGCGCGCCGCCACUCCCUGGGUCCGUUCAGUCCAUCGUUCAACAUACAAACGGUGCUGCUCGAGGGACUGCAGAAGCAGCUGCCUGCCGAUGCGCACAAGCGCGUAAGCGGUCGCUUGCACAUAUCGCUGACCCGCGUCUAUGACGGCAAGAACGUUAUAAUAUCGGAGUUCGACUCGCGCGAGGAGGUGCUGCAAGCCUUGCUCUGUGCCUGCUUCAUUCCUGGCUUCUCUGGCAUUAUACCACCGAAAUUUCGUGGCGUGCGCUACAUGGAUGGCGCCUUCUCGGACAAUUUGCCCAUUCUGGAUGAGAACACAAUCACUGUUAGUCCUUUCUGUGGCGAGAGUGACAUCUGUCCACGCGAUCAGAGCUCGCAGCUGUUUCAUUUGAACUGGGCGAACACUAGCAUUGAAAUAUCGCGUCAGAAUAUCAAUCGAUUUGUGCGCAUUCUAUUUCCGCCACGCGUCGAAUUCCUCUCCAAGUUCUGUCAACAAGGCUUCGACGAUGCGCUGCAAUUUCUGCAUCGCAACAAUCUGAUCAACUGCAAGCGCUGCAUUGAAGUGCAGUCCACGUACAUUGUCUCGGAAACGAUUGCGCCACAGGCAUAUGAAGCGGAAUGUAGUGAGUGCAAGGAGCAUAGAAAGGAUGCAUUAAGCUCAAACAUGCCGGACACUGUGCUCGAUGUUAUUGACAAUUAUAUACAGGAUGCCAACAAGGGCUUAGCCAAUUGGAUUUUCAAGCAUCGCGGCAUUAAGCUGCUCUCCUUGCCAGCCACUGUGCCCAUGGAUUUCUUCUUGGCAACCAUAUCAAAAAUUUCCGAUAUAACGCCCAAGUUGACCAAACAAAUGCGCGUUAUUGCCCACGAGCUGAUUGAUCAGUUAAAUAAUACCAUGCAGAUUCGUUUCUUCAACAAACUGACGCUAUAUGAUCAGCCACAUUUCGAUGCUACUGGUCUACUCUACUCGAAUCGCAUGUAUGGGCCACGUCUUUCCAUUAUAGUCGAUGAAUGUGGCGUCAGCUCUUUGGAAACGGAUGUUCUCAAAAUGGCUGCACACAACAAAGAUCUUUAUGCUUAUUAUUACAAUGAGAGUAAUGCCAGCAAUGUUCAGGUGAAAGAAAUUUUUGAUGUUGAGGAUGACGCUGAGCAAAGCUGCAUUGUUACUGAAUGGACUGGCAGUGAAUCUGACUUGUUUAUAGAUACGCAGACAUCCAGCAACGAAAACACAAAUUCUCUUAUACGCAUAACACCCCUCGAUCCAGAACUAUCAAGCUAUCCUGAAGCUGAUCAAAAUAUGACUGAUUUACGCAUACAGAUUGAUCAUUAACGUUACGAUAUACAAAUUUUAGUUUUAAUUUCGAUAUAAAUUAUGUAACCAAUCCAAAGCGGCUCUUAGCCAUUAGUCAAUAUAAAAGUAAAUGUAUAUUUUAAUGUAUAAUGUAAAAUAAUUAGGCUAAGUAGUAUAUUACAGCAGUACCUAACUAUAAUUAUUAGGUUUGGAAGCCAGUCUGAGCAGUAUCAAAUAAUCUUAAGAGAUAUUAGUUCAUAAAUGCAUAAUGUAUUGUCAAACGGUUCAAGACUGUUAAAUGUUAUGUUUAAAACGGGUGGCUUAACAAUAAAUGAAAUUACGUCAAAACAAAACA